CAUCCGUCAGAGAGUUACAAUUAGCUCACACUUAAGUGACUGCUCCUUUUCUUACAAUGGCAUUAAAGACAAAUCAUCAGAAAAAUGUGUCAUCAGAGACUUAAAUUGCCCCAUACUUGGGGCAAUCUCACCAGCUAAUCAGUAUCUUGUCCGUCUGAUUGAAGACAAAAAGGAACUGUCCUUCAAAAAGCCAACAGAGGAUAGAAUGAAUUUGGUGUUCCAGGUAUUAGAAGAUCUCUUGCCAGAAUUGGGCAUUUAUACCAGUGUAUUGAACCUCAUCAGGGAUGAGUUGUAUGAUGGAGUUUAUAGUAUCCAACAUCCUGGGAAUUCAGGCCCAGAGUCUGGAAUAGCUGGCACAGCCACAAGAGCACCUUACUUCAGAUUAUUUCAUUGUUUGCAAGAAAAACGAAAUGAAGAAGUGGAAGCUAUCAGUACUGAACUAAAUGAUUUAAGAGAGAUAUUGUUGCAGAAGGAACAUGAACAAAUUGAGUUGCAAAAUUCUCUGUCUGAAUUGAAAAAAAGCAAUAAAUUGCCAGAAGAUCAUACAUUUUUCCUCAAUGAGAAUGUGCACGAGAAAACAGAGGAGAAUAAAAGGUUGCUGCAGAAGUAUCAUAAUGUAAAGGAGAAGACUGCAAAGCAAGCCAGAUGCUAUGAGGAUACUAUCAAAGACCUAAGGACAAUGCUACAGGACACAACAGAACAAGUGGCUGCACUCAUCCAGUAUAAGAAGAUUUAUGAAGAUCUUCAUGAGGGUUUCCAAUACCCCAUGGAAAUGCAGAGAAAGAGCUCAUUGUCAACCAUUUUAACAAAAGCUCCUGGGAACAAAAAGAUGGUUAAAACAGCAAACAAGGCUCAUUUAGUCUCAUGUAUUGAAGCUACAAAACAGUUUGAACACCAAGUUUUGAAAGUGCAGAACAGUGUAAUCGAAGAUUUUGAUUUACACUUAGAAAGUCAUAAGACUUGGCUGGCUUCCAAAAUGUUCCAGAAUAACAGAGCUGAUCUAGCUUAUUGCGAUGAGACACUUGAAAUGCAAACUAUAAACAAAGAAUUUGCAGAAAAGCAACAGAUAUUUCAGCAGUCAAUGGCAGAAAUUGCAACAGAGUUGGUCCUAGUAUAUCAACAUAAAGAAAGCUUGCAACAACAGCUGAAUGAACAGGAGAAGACUCCAAAACAGAAGCAGAAGAAAACUACUACUUUGAAGACAACACAAGUUGGAAAAGAAUCAAGGCCAGCUGCCGUGAAAGAGCCUCAGGCUCAAGUGCAUUUUACCUUUGACGAUACAGAACAGGAAACUGCGGCAACAUCAACCGUUUCCAAAAAAAAAGAGCAACAGGAAUUGCGCAUGCGUGAAGGAAUAGGCAUGCGCAAACACGAGCAACCCAAACUACAAAUCCCAGCUAUGAUCGGAACUGAAAGUGAAAGUGAAUAUGAGGUGGAAUCAGAUUCUCUGGAUAAAUCAGACAAAGAUGAAGAGACAAACAAAGAAGAGCAACAGGAAGAGGUUGGAGAUGUUAUUGGAGACUUAAAAAAACCUUUGGUGCAAAUAAUGCAUGAAUUAAAAGCAUUAAAAGUAAUAAAAAAGAUAUUAAAUAUGAAGAUUAUGCUUGAUAAAAUGAUGAAAAGACAGGACAAAAUGGACAAGAAAAUUAAAAACUUGUAAGAAACAACAGGAGACACCAUUGAUAGAGUGAAUAAAAUUCAAGAUAAUAUUUCUGCCUGAACAUCAGAAAGAAAAUGGUUGUUGGGAAAAGUGAAUGUACUUGAAAAUUUUAGCAGACAAAAUAAUAUUAAGAUUGUUGGACUUAAAGAAGGUAUAGAGGGAGAGGAUCCAAUAAUUUUUUUCAAAAAUGGAUUCCGGAAAUUUUGGAAAUGGAAGAAGGAACCCAGUUAAUUGAAAUUGAAAGGGCUCACAGAGCCUUAAGAUCAAGACCUCAAGUUGAUCAAAACCCACAAUCAAUCUUGAUAAAAUGCUUAAGAUAUCAAGAUAAAGAAAAGAUCUUGAAGGCGGCUGCCCAAUGUGCCAGAAAGAGAAACGGGCCAUUGAUGAUAGAAGGGAAAAUAGUUAUUUUCUAUCCUGAUAAAAAUUAUGACCUUUUGAAGAGAAAGAAGGAAUUUAACCCAGCAAAAAAAGUUUUAUGGGAAAAGGGUUAUAAGUUUAUAUUGCGCCACCUGGCAACCCUGAUAAUUUUUUUGGAUGACGGAAAAAGAAGAUCUUUUACUGAUUAUCGGGAUGCAGAAGAAUUUGCACAAGAACUCCCAAAUAUUUGCUAACCACAGCCAAAGAUUUAAAAGUGAAACGGAUUAAAGAUGAAGACAGGGACAGUCAAUGGAGUUGAUGGAUGUUUAAGGACAGAAGAAUAUUUAAAUAUAUUCUUAAUUAUAUGAUACAGGGGGAGAAAGGUAAAAAAUUUGAGAAAUAUUAACCGAGAGUAGUGAUAUUAUUUUUUCUUCUCUUGUAUAUACUUUUUUACGUUACGGGGGGGCUGGGGGAACUUCGGAUUCAUUGCUACGGGAUUCACGUGUGUAAUCAUGGCGAUUGCCAUGACCCGUACAACGAAGGGGGGUAAUGUUGUGUUUUCUUUUAUUCACAACAUUAGUAGGGGGGUAUUUUUUUUUUCUUUAUAAUCUAUUUUUCUUUAAUCUUUCUUUCUUUGCCUGGACAGUCGGGGUGGAGACACAUAGCAACAUGGAGAAUUUUAAAAAGAUUCCCCAAGGUACUGUGAAAGUUGAAAAAUUAGGUAUUACUAUAGACUGGAGUAACCCUGUUAAAAAUAAUGACUAAUUUACUGAAUUUUUAAAGUUUUAAUGUUAAUGGGCUUAAUGGACCGGUGAAAAGAAAAAGAAUUUUAACAUACAUUAAGAAAAUGAAAAUAAGUAUAGCUUUUAGCUGCAUUCCAUUUGAAAAAAAAUUACUUAUAAUUUAAGAGAUAAAUAUGAAAUAUUUCUGAAAAUUUGGCGCCCUUAUUUACAAAAGAUAGGAUUAAAUAUAUAGGUGCUCUGAAGAUAAAAUUAUUGGUUAUUUGUGGAAAGAAAUAAAUAUAUAUACUAAAGCUAUUAUGAACUCCAUGGAGCAUGUGG